GGCAGUAUUUACGGCUGCACCAUCGCAGCUGAUCGGAGGAUUUUCCUCAGCGGGGAAACACUGAUCCUGAGCCCGAGCACCGAGCCUCCAUCAUGGACUUCAACGUGAAGAAACUGGCCUCGGACGCUGGAGUCUUCUUCACCCGGGCCGUGCAGUUCACUGAGGAGAAACUGGGUCAGGCUGAGAGAACCGAGCUGGACCAGCACCUGGAGAACCUCAUCACUCGAGCUGACGGAACCAAGAACUGGACCGAGAAGAUCCUGAGGCAAACUGAGGUGCUGCUGCAGCCCAACCCAAUUGAUCACACAGGUGCUCGAAUCGAAGAGUUCAUCUACGACAAACUGGACAAGAAGCUUCCGUCCAGGACGACCAACGCUGAGCUGCUGGGACAACACAUGCUGGACGCUGCUCAGGAGUUUGGUCCAGAGACACCGUACGGUAGCACCCUGAUCAUUGUCGGAGAGUACCAGAAGAAACUGGGAGGAGCCGAGCGUGAGUUCCUCCAGACCUCAGCCGUCUCCUUCCUCACUCCUCUACGCAACUUCCUGGAAGGAGACUGGAGGACGAUUUCAAAAGAGAGGAAGCUUCUGGAGAAUCGACGGUUGGAUCUCGACAUUUGCAAAGCUCGUCUGAAAAAAGCGAAGCUGGCAGAAGCUAAAGCAGCAGCUGCACCAGAUUUUCAGGAGACGAGGCCUCGAAACUACGUCCUCUCUGCCAGUGCAUCAGCG